AUGGCGUUUCAAGACCAGAACAAGUUCUUGUACGCGUUGAGCUCCAACCAAGCUUGGGCUGGAUAUAAGUCGCAUCAGAACCCAGCCUUUUUCAAAAACUUGGCAACAGGACAGUCCCCUUCUAUCCGUAGGUUCUCCCUCGCUAUACCCUUCUUUGUCUGCUCCUCUCUCCCCCUCUUCCUCGUCCAGCUGGAAGACUCUACCCGGGUGGUCUACUGGGUUCCGGAAACGACGAUUCUGGGUCUGCAGCCAGGAGAUGUCUUCGUCCACCGUAAUAUAGCGAAUAUCGUUGCUCCAACGGACAUUAAUACCUCAGCCGUCGUUGAGUAUGCCGUCACACACCUCAAAGUCAAACACGUCGUUCUCUGUGGUCAUUCGGCGUGUGGUGGUGCCAAGGCGGCAUUGGGCGAUUCCCGCGUUGGAGGUGUGCUCGACACAUGGUUGACACCGCUGAAGGCCGUGCGGGCUCAGAAUAUCGAAGAACUUGCCGCCAUCAAAGAUGAGGAUAUACGCGCCGUCCGCAUUGCCGAAAUGAACGUCGAAGCUGGCGUCCGAGUUCUCAUGGCCAACUUCGCUAUUCAAGAGGCAGUAAAGGAGCGUGGUCUUACAGUUCACGGAUGUCUUUAUGACAUUGCCAGUGGCCGGAUCAGAGAUUUGGGGUUUGGUACACGCGGCGUAGGGGGGAGAGGCAUGAUAGCGGACGGCGACGAGGAGAUUGUUCGCGGCAAACAUGCUCAGCUGGUUUUCCGCGAUGGAGACGCCUCAAUGCAAGUGCAAUGA